AUGUGCGCUCCUACAAAGCAUCUCCGGCGCGAGUAUCUUUAUCGAAAAUUAUAUCUCAUAGCGGUACCAGGAUUAAUAGUUUUGCGCGCUUUAUCUACGUGUGACAACUAUCCAUCGUGAUUCACUAGCAGAAAGAUGCAACCAUACUCAACGCUGGUGAAUCUCGUCUGUAUUAUCGUCGUGUCCUACACGGUCUCGGGACACCUUUACGGGACCUUUUCCUUCCUGCCACGGCAUGCCGUCGAACGAGUUGCUGAGCGUAGGAGCAUAGGAAGGCAAAUGGUCGAGCACAGAUCUAAUUUCCUAACUCCAUUAGCAGAAUAUGGAGCACGAUCUACCGAAUCGAAGCUUGUAGAGCCGUGGACGAAAAUCACUCAGAAUCCAGUGAAUGGCAUUACGACAACAGUCGGGAGCAGGAUAGAAUUAGAAUGCAAGGCUAGCGGUAGCCCACCGCCGGAAAUUCUUUGGUUCACCGGAAGCGGCACUAACGAGCAGCUUGUCCAAUACGUCAAAGCCAACACGCAUUCCCUGUACGAACCAUCCGAGGAGUGGAAAGGAGUGGCCAGAAUUAAUUCGAAGCUCGUACUGGAGUGCGUUACACCGGAUGAUGCUGGAUUGAUCUACUGUGCGUCGGUUUCUGCGACAGAAGUGAAGGUAUCCACUCCUACAAGAGUGUUGGUUAACAGCGAUGAAAGUGCCAACAGCAAUUGCACUUCCGAAAGUGACCCAACGAUCACCAUGUAUUCUCCCACACGAGUGGCUAACAUAGGAGCGACCGUGAUACUACCAUGUAGAGCGAGUGGAAAGCCAAAACCAGAAAUUUCAUGGGUGGAUAAUUUUAAUGAACCUUUAAGUCUAUCGACGAAUCUACGACACCGAGUUUUGGAUAACGGAGAUCUUCUGAUAGAGGGGCUUAUGUGGGAAGAUAUGGGUGGCUACACAUGCCAAGCUAAGUCUGGCCAUCGUCAACAAAUUGUUAGCACGUUCCUCUACCCGUUACGCCCCGAAACAGAAAUGGGCCGGACGGUUAAUUGAGGAGUCGCCAAAGAACGAGUCUCGAUUGCUUUGAUCAUGCCACCUUUUCAUUACACGACGUGAGAGACAAAUGGGAUAGAAUAGAAUCUCCAUGUGCUAAGUUUCGGUGUUCGUUAAAGUCAAAUGGUAUUGUUUUAAUUAUAAGCGCUGUAUAUAAUAUAAUUCUACGUAACGGAAUUAUAUUUUAGUACUGAAUGCUCGGCGACCGGCUCGAGAAUUAACAGACAUUUCAUUUAGUUGUUAUAUACUGAUAACGGUACAGCCAUUGUCAUUUAUAAGCGAUUUUGAAUGUGCCAAAGAAUUUUGUAUUUUAAAUAUAUCACUGAUUUUAGGCUGAAAUAGCCGUGUCGUGUGCUAUUUCGAUAUUUAAUUAUGAUGUAUUUUUUUGUAAUACUUCUUGAACGAAGUUGUGGAUAGCUCUAUCAAAUUAUUUAUUUAUUAAACAUGUACAGUAUAAACUGCCCUUGCAGCCAAGCUACAAAGAAGGAUACUUCGUUUAAUGUUAAGAGUAAUUAUAUAUUAUUUUGCAUCGUACAUUACCGGUGAACGGGAAUGUCACUUUUAUAAGUCUACUAUUAUUUUGCUUAUUAUUCAUUAGUAUUACUUAUCAUCUACUAGUAUUAAUUAUUAUACGUUACGUAUCCUGAGUAUUUUUCAGUAUAAUUUUUUUAUUAAUAUUUUCAUAAUGUCGUACCUAUUGUGAAACACUAUAUUUUUAUGUAUAAAUAAAUGUAUUUCUUUUCGUACAGUGUUUAUAAA